ACCGUUCACAGGAACGGCGAGAGAGCGGAUAAGAGGACUGGGCAUGCUCCGCGGCGGCGUAGGUCUUGGUCACAAGUAGGAAGAAGCCAGUGUACGACACCGGCAAAGAGCAGCGGGAGCCGCUGCCGCACCGCGGCUGUGGGGUCCGUCGCCGCCGCCUCGGAGGCAGAGCAGGGCGCAAGCCAGAGCAAACGAGGGACGAGGCUGCCAGGCCAGGGGCCGCCCAGCUUGCCCUCUCGUCCUCUGCCUCUAAGUCGUCUGGGUGCGCCGGAUCCCUGGGUCGGUCACCUGGGCGGCAAGGACCUCGCGCGGGUGAGCCGGAGCGGACCCGACCCUCCCUCUGUCGGCUGCGGCCCGAGGGCGCCCCCCCGGGGCGGAACAGCUGCCGCCGCCUUCGUCUUCUGCGGACAGUCGAGUGUCCGGCUCGCGUCCCGCGCCCGAAGCGAGCAGCCGCCGUCAGCCCCAAGGAAAAGGAGGAGGGGGCGGCCAUGGGGCUGCUGUCCCAAGGAUCGCCGCUGAGCUGGGAGGAGACCAAGCGCCACGCCGACCACGUGCGGCGGCACGGGAUCCUCCAGUUCCUGCACAUCUACCACGCCGUCAAGGACCGGCACAAGGAUGUGCUCAAGUGGGGCGACGAGGUGGAAUACAUGUUGGUGUCUUUUGAUCAUGAAAAUAAAAAAGUCCAAUUGGUCCUAUCUGGAGAAGAAGUUCUUGAAACUCUACAAGAAAAAGGGGAAAGGACAAACCCAAACCAUCCUACCCUUUGGAGACCAGAGUAUGGGAGUUACAUGAUUGAAGGGACACCGGGACAGCCCUACGGAGGAACAAUGUCUGAGUUCAACACAGUUGAAGACAACAUGAGAAAACGCCGGAAGGAGGCAACUUCUUUAUUAGAAGAAAAUCAGGCUCUUUGCACAAUAACUUCAUUUCCCAGAUUAGGCUGUCCUGGGUUCACGCUGCCUGAGUUCAAACCCAACCCAGUUGAAGAAGGUGCUUCCAAGUCCCUCUUCUUUCCCGAUGAAGCAAUAAACAAGCAUCCCCGCUUUGGCACCCUAACAAGAAAUAUCCGACAUAGGAGAGGAGAAAAGGUUGUCAUCAAUGUACCAAUUUUUAAGGACAAGAAUACACCAUCUCCAUUUAUAGAAACAUUUCCUGAGGAUGAUGAGGCAGCGAAGGCUUCUAAGCCUGAUCAUAUUUACAUGGAUGCCAUGGGAUUUGGAAUGGGCAAUUGCUGUCUUCAGGUAACAUUCCAAGCUUGCAGCAUAUCUGAGGCUAGAUACCUUUAUGAUCAGUUGGCUACUAUCUGCCCAAUUGUGAUGGCUUUGAGUGCUGCGUCUCCUUUUUACCGAGGCUAUGUGUCAGACAUUGAUUGUCGCUGGGGAGUGAUUUCUGCAUCUGUAGAUGAUAGAACUCGGGAGGAAAGAGGACUGGAGCCACUGAAGAACAAUAACUACAGAAUUAGUAAAUCCCGAUAUGAUUCAAUAGAUAGUUAUUUAUCUGAGUGUGGUGAGAAAUAUAAUGACAUCGAGUUGACAAUAGAUAAAGCAAUCUACGAACAACUGUUGCAGGAAGGCAUUGAUCAUCUCCUGGCCCAGCAUGUUGCUCACCUCUUUAUUAGAGACCCACUGACUCUGUUCAAAGAGAAAAUACACCUGGACGAUGCCAAUGAGUCUGACCAUUUUGAGAAUAUUCAGUCCACAAACUGGCAGACAAUGAGAUUUAAGCCUCCUCCUCCAAACUCAGAUAUCGGAUGGAGAGUAGAAUUCCGACCCAUGGAGGUUCAGUUAACGGACUUUGAGAACUCUGCAUAUGUGGUAUUUGUCGUGCUGCUCACUAGAGUGAUCCUUUCAUACAAACUGGAUUUUCUCAUUCCGCUGUCAAAGGUUGAUGAAAACAUGAAAGUAGCACAGAAACGAGAUGCUGUUCUGCAGGGAAUGUUCUAUUUCAGGAAAGACAUUUGCAAAGGUGGCAGCGCCGUGGUGGACGGCUGUGGCAAGUCCCAGAACAGCGCGGAGCUGGCGGCGGAGGAGUACACCCUGAUGAGCAUCGACACCAUCGUUAACGGGAAGGAAGGUGUGUUUCCCGGGCUGAUCCCAGUUCUGAACUCCUACCUUGAAAACAUGGAAGUGGAUGUGGAUACCAGAUGUAGUAUUCUGAACUACUUAAAGCUGAUUAAGAAGAGAGCAUCGGGAGAACUAAUGACAGUUGCAAAAUGGAUGAGGGAGUUUAUUGCAAACCAUCCUGACUACAAGCAAGACAGUGUGAUAACUGAUGAAAUGAACUAUAGCCUUAUUUUAAAGUGUAACCAAAUUGCAGAUGAAUUAUGUGAAUGCCCAGAGUUACAUGGACCAGCAUUUAGGAAAGUAAAAUAUAGUGGAAGUAAAACCAACUCCUCCAACUAGACCUUCUGCAGAAGGAAAAAUGCAUUACUGUUUUAUCGAAGAACUGACUGCAGUGCCCUCAGCCAUGUGUGGUAUGAAAACCAAAUAAAAGAACCAUAGUGUUUCCUGGGCCAGUAGGCCAGAAAUGGAUUUAGAGGCUUCCUUCAGUAGAAAAUCCAGAGUUUAUACAGUGAACAUGUACAUAGUAAAGUAUUUUUAUGAUUAACAGUGUAUUUUAAUAACAUAUCUAAAGUCAUUGUGGACUAACUUGUACAUUUUUCAAUUCUUACUGUGGAGCAGCUAGCUACUGCCUAAGUAAGCAUUUUGUAAAUGUAAUGCACUAGUAAUUGUUCUAUACCUGCAUUCUAGAGUUCAAAAUGUUUACUGUAAAUUUUUUUUUUAUAUAAGAUUACAUGGGACCUGAUUCACUGAAAUUUAUCACUUAAAAAGUUUGCCCUGUUUAUUUUGAGUUAUCUCCUUUUUUUGUGCACAUAAAAUCACCAUUGACUCCAUUGAAGGACUUCCAGGGUAACCUUGGAUUUCUGGGCCUUACCUAGGAUGUUUCUUUUGUGAUCAGAAUGGCUGACCAUUGGGGCCACCUUGCUCCAUGCUUUCCCCUCUCAAUAAAACCCAUUGAACUCUGAUGGCUGUUAGAAAAGGUACUUUCCUUCUUUAUUUAAAUUUGAUGUUUCAGGCAUUAAGUUUAAAGACAAUUCUGUAGGAAGGCAGAUGUACCUUGCCAUCGCAUGUAGUGAUUAUUGGGGGUGAUUUAUUUUUAAAAAGAGGAGAGUCGUUUUGCUUCCUGUGCAUAAUGUACAAAAGAGCUCUUCUGUUGUGGCCCUGUUUAUUCUUAUUGCUGCUGUGUUUAAAUUUUCAAAUCAAAUGCAGUUGCUGCAGUUUUGUUUUGUUACUUUUUCUCUAGUUUCCAGUACGCAUAUUGACAUACAUUCUUCUAAAAGUGAUUCAUUCUAGAUUCUACCUGGUGGAUUUCCACAUACUGCUUCUUACCUUCUUUAUGAAACUAAUAAAUCAUGAUAUGCACUAAGUUUUGUGAAUCAGGACCUUAAAUGUUUAAUUGUAAAUAAUUUUUCACAUAAUUAGAGCUUUUUGUUGAAGUUUUUCUUUCAAUUAGUUAAGUUUUAACUGCUUUUGAAAUAACUAUUGUAGAUUAUGCAAACGUUAACAGGCAUCAAUAUUUAAACUGUAAUGCUAAUUUUAAGAGAUUGCGAUAAAGCUGCUUCAGCUAAGCCUGUUUAUGUAUAAAUACUAGGGUUUAUGUUAUAUUUCACACAUGCAUUUUGGAGGAUUAAAGAAUGCCUGGUUUUCAUUUGCAAUUUGCUUGUAAAUCAGGUUGUAAAAGGCAGAUAACAUGUUUGUGGUAUGAAGAAAUAAAAGAAUGGAAUUAGCAUUCUGAAAA